AAGAAAAGAGAUUAGCCAAAAAUGGAGUUGGAAAGUGAAACACAGCAGUCAAAAUUUAGGAGGAUUUGUGUGUUUUGUGGAAGUAGCCAAGGCAAAAAGAGUAGCUAUCAAGAUGCUGCUAUUGAGCUUGGGAGGGAAUUGGUCUCAAGGAACAUUGAUUUGGUCUAUGGAGGAGGUAGCAUAGGUUUGAUGGGUUUGGUUUCACAAGCUGUGCAUGAUGGUGGUCGCCAUGUCAUUGGUGUUAUUCCCAAGACGCUCAUGCCUCGAGAGUUAACUGGUGAAACAGUAGGGGAAGUGAAAGCUGUUGCUGAUAUGCAUCAAAGGAAGGCAGAAAUGGCUAAGCAUUCAGAUGCUUUUAUUGCCUUACCAGGUGGUUAUGGAACUCUUGAAGAACUGCUAGAAGUCAUUACCUGGGCUCAGCUCGGAAUACACGAUAAACCGGUUGGGUUGCUGAAUGUGGAUGGAUACUACAACUCAUUGCUUUCCUUUAUGGAUAAAGCUGUGGAGGAAGGAUUUAUUAGUCCAAGUGCACGCCAAAUCAUUGUAUCUGCACCCACUGCAAAGGAGCUAGUAAAAAAAUUAGAGGAAUAUGUUCCCUGCCAUGAGAGAGUUGCUUCCAAGUUGAGUUGGGAAAUGGAAAAGCUUGGCUACUCCAAAACAUGCGAUAUAUCAAGGUUUUCCUCUUCUAUAUAUGUUGCUUUAGGAAGUCGGAGUGAUCCAUCUCUAUAUGUCAUUGGUUCAGUUGUUCACGUUCUUGCUUAA